AAGAAUGAUACCAAACCAUUACUUAAUACUCCUCAUUGGACAAUUUCUUCAAUUUAUGACUAUAAUAAUAAUAACAGAUAUUUAUUGCAGUUUAAUAGUAACAAUUCGGCAACAAAUGAAAUUAACAAUCCCAAUUCAGAUGAUUUAGUGUCUUCAGAUGGUUUGGUGUCUAUAGAUGGUUUGGUGUCUAUGGAUGGCUUGGUGUCUACCGGUAACGAAUAUAUUAAAUCUGAUAGCAAUAAUAAUUCUGGGUAUAAUAGUAAUAAUACUGAGUUAGUAUCCAAUAAUACUAAUGUUUUUGGUACUCAAAGAACUGAACAACUAACCAAUAACCCUGAAAUAAACAAUUCUAGGUCCAAUUCUAUAUCUAACUCUAUGUUUAACUCUAUACCUGAUUCUACAUCUAACUCUAUGCAUGAUUUUAUAUCUAACUCUGCUAUGUCUAAUUUUAUUCUUAAUAUAUCUAACUCUAUAUCGAAAAGUACUUUCAAAAAAAAUAAAAGCAAAACUUCUAAAAGCUCUACUAAAGGUUCUACCUCUUCAAAAGGUUCUUCUAAAAGCUCUUCUAAAGGUUCUUCCAAAGAAUCUUCUAGAAAAAAAGAUCAUCUGAAUGUUCUUACUAGUAAAUUCAAGUAUAUCAGUGAUGAAGGUAAAGAUGAAGAUUAUGUUGAGCAAUAA